AUGUCCGAAAAGCAAAUAUUUAUUGCAGUGACGGCGUGGCACCCGGGCAAAGAUGAAUCAGUAACGAAGUCGACGGUUUCGCGUGCCAAGGAAGCAAAGGAAAUCAGAGAGAAGGCUGAGUCGAAAGGAGAAGAACUACCAGAUGAGAAGGCCUUUGAUAGUAAUUACAUUACGCCAGGCUAUCCGCGCAGCCAUGAUACUUUGUCAACAAGAAGAUUACCGAAGAUACUAAUUGGCGUGGCGUGCAAGCUGUAUUAUCCGGUCAUGAAGCACCGGGUGAAGGUGAACACAAGAUCAUGGAAUACAUUCGACCACCGAGAGCCUGAUUAUAACCCGAACGUGCGGCAUUGUUUGUACGGUCCUGAUGCCGAUCUCAUCAUGCUUAGCCCUCUGAGUCAUGAUCCACACUUCUGUCUCUUGCGAGAGCAAGUAAAGUUCGGGCCUGCCGCGAAGAGGAAGGGUAACGUCAGUCUGGAGAACCUCGACUUCUACCUUCUACAUCUCUCGCUAAAUGCCCUAGAGCGAGUCAUCGAUGACUUCAUUCUCCUGGCCGUCUUCGUCGGAAACGAUUUUCUACCUAAUCUUCCAGAUUUACACAUCCACGAGAACGGACCGGAACGCCUGUUUGAUGCGUACAAGAAAGUUUUCCCGUCGCUGGCGAUGUUUCAGAUAAACGAGGGUGGGGUCAUUAAUACCAAGCGACUGCAGGUCGUCCUGAACGAAACUACUAUAUGGGAGCGAGAGAUCUUUGAGAAAGAAUACGCGGACUCGAAUUGGUUCAAGGGAAAGCGGAGCAAACGCGUCCAAGAAAUGAAACUUGUGCGCAAGCGUGUCAAGCUUGAUCGUUGUCCUCCCAUGGCUACCCUCGCUGCGCCGGAUGUCGAAUUGUUGGGAGCCAUCAACGUCAUGGGGUUAGAGCUUAGGUUUGAGACCAGCCCAAAGUCGACAUGA